AUAAAUUUACAUUAAAUUUGUGUUUUGCAAUAACCAGUUAUAGUGUUUCGAAGGUGGUGGAACCUCCAAAAUCCAUAUAUUCAAAAUAUGGUGAUUAUAUCAAUAUGACUUUCCCGUCUACGUUACCGCACUCAGUUACAAUUGGGUUUCGAACCAAGCCUAGCUCCCUCAGGCCUCAGGCUCCAGUACUGAGCGCUGAACGUGAACUCUGAAAUCUGAGUUUUGAGCUCAUGAUAGAAAAAAACAUUUGGCACGCAGUCGUAGCGUGUGAAUAUAUAUUUUGCAUUGACAGUCCUUCUCCGGGACCCCGAGCAUGAACCAAUGUUGGUUCUUUCCCCCAAUGUUUCGUGCAGCAUGCGGCCGCGGGUGCUCCUUGCGGGUUCGUAACAGACAAUAUACCACUGCUACUUUUCCAACCUGGUCUACUCUGAAUCACGAGAUACCUGCCCCUAGCUCUUUCGCUCAUUCAAAAUUGAACAACCUACUUGCUUCAUCUAAAUCUGCACCUAACGACAUAUGGGCCUUUUAUAAUGAUGUCCUAGAUGUUUCAGGGCCUCACGAGCUCGAUUUAUUUAUACACCAGAGGGUUUUGCAGCGGUGUACAUUAUCCAUGGAACAGAUGCGUAAAAACUCCCGGCGACACUACUUCAGCAUGGCGCGGCCAGUCCCGGGACAUAUACACGAAGAUCGCUUCCAGAAUGUCAUUCGCAACAUCCUGUCUAUUGGAUACACGCCCUCGAGAGAGGACUACCACUUCAUUCUGGGGCAAUUCGCUGCUGUCGGACACAGUAUUGGCUCAAUGGGUGUGUACAACGAAAUGAGGGGGAAUAAAGGUUGUCUACCGAACAAUGUAACGAUUGCAUUGGUACUACAGUCGAUUGCGCAUAGGCUUGGCCUGCCGGAGCGCAAGGUGGAUAGACAGGAAACAGCGAAUCGCGCGCGGGGACUUCUGAAGCAAAUAUUAGACGACAUGCGGAGCAGGGGGAUCCCAUGGACCAAUACCAAUAUGGAUUUGACAAUACGCAUCAUGAAGUAUACGUCUGACGAAGAGAAUUUUGAUACGUUACUCAAGCUUGGCUAUGGUAUCGACCUUCGGUAUCCCGACAGGCCAGUACUUGACGAUCAAUCUAGCGCACUUCUGCCUUUCACCCUCCACACACUAAACACCGUCAUCAACAUGUACGGUCUCGGAGGGAAUUUAUCCAAACUCGUACAAGCGUUCGAAGUGCUUACUGUCCCUUUACCCCAUGCCCAGAAACAUUUCUCUGCUUCGUUCGAGGACGAAGAUGACUUUGGUAUUGUUCCUCCGGAAUCAUCCCUCUCUUUUAGGUUUCCCUCGGCUGAGCCCAAUACCACCACCUACACAUUCCUUCUUCGACAAAUUUCUCAACACAACAAAGCCCAUCUUGCGCGACACUAUCUUCUUCAAGCUAUAAAGCAUGACAUAGAGGUUUCCCGUGAUCUCCGACGAAAGGUCAUUACCACACCAAACCUCGAAGACGUUCAGGCUCCGCGUAUAGCUAUCAACCGAGCCAUGCUGGUUCCCGUGUUUGGCUUAAGCAACAGGAACAAGAACGUAUCACUCAUGAGAUGGCUCCAUGACCGUAUUCCAUCUAUAAUUCGAAGGAAAAAAGCCGACAUUUUGCAUUUCUCUAAUUUCAUUAAGCAUUUGGAAAGAGUGGGCAAAUGGCCACCACCACCAAAGCCUAAAUCAUACCAUACCACUCGUAGAGUUCCAGUCUCAACUUCAAAAGACUACAUCGAUGUCGACGGCGUACGCUGGCAUCGUGCUGAUGUUGAAGAUGUCCUUGCUGUCGAUCCGAGUAUCCAACAACCUGUACCAGUUUAUACUGUGAAACCCAUCGAUCUACGGCUUCACCUUCGUAUUCUUAAAACCGACGUCAACGACCUUACCGUAUAUUACGGAUAUGUCCGGUCGGUACUCGCGCGCACGAUUGAAAGAGUGAAAGACAAACUCGGUCGUAGGGUAUGGAGAGGAAGGAACAUUUAUCUCAAAGACGUCACGUUAGCAGGCGGCACGGCGGCACAUCCCAAAUCAAGGAUGAAGGUCUCGAAGGAUACGUGGAGGCAAAUUGUUGGUUACAAACCAAAGCUUAAGACUGGGUUUGCGCGACCCCCGUCGCAUUUUCAUCACAAGGUCAUCAGACAUCAGUACUGGCGGGAGGUGAAGAGCAUUAGAGAGGAGCAGGCGAAAGGGAGCUCUGCAGGUCACUUCACGCGGUCGGGACAAACUUCAAUGUUGAAGCCGCCAGGCGAAAAGGGUAGAGAGUGCUAAUCUGAUUCAUCCUAAUCAGUAUAGAGAU